AUGUCGGUUGAUCAGAAAUGCUUCGAAGAAUCAGAUACGUUCUCAAACUGGAACCAUCAGUUGGAUAGCUCUGGCAAUAGUUCCGAUAAUCUUGCUAAUCUAAGCUAUGUGUUCGAAGUGGAUUCAAACGACGUAUCGGCAAUCUCAGCGGCAGAUAUUACACCAGUAAACGAGCUACAGGAUGAUUUCUUACAGGAAUUGGAACGCUCAGAUAGAGAAUCAAAAUAUAGUAUUAUUCAAACUAAGCUGGAUCUGAACGAGAGGCGUGGACCAAAAUUUCAGUGUCAGGAAUGUCAAUAUUCGAUGCAUACUCGUCUCAGUAUGAUCACGCAUAUGAAAAUGCAUUUGAAACCAUUUUGCGAAGUUUGCUUUGAGACAUUCGAGUCCCAAGACGCGGUGAUUUGUCACAUUAACUCAUUCCAUCCGGAAGUGCUGAUUCGCGAGCGAACCCCAGCGCCUAAGGAUUACUACUACAUGCAGACUAUCGCUCCUCCUAAUACUCCGAACGCUAUCUCGGACGAUGAGAUGCGAACAAUCGAGGGUCUAUUUAAUCCGAUUGUAGUGCAUCCUGCCGAUACGAUGUCCGUGCAGCAGCUUCUUGGCCAACAUUCGAACGCUGAGGCCAUCAACAGCGAUGAUGAGCACGGCUUGAUAAUUGGUGCUAAUCGGCCGUCUCAUUCGCGAGUAAUUUCCCGCAAACGUUCUGUACCGAUUUUGAAACGGCAGAUCAAGAAAAAAUCGACGACAAAAUGCAAACUCGAUACUGAUGCCAAACCCGAUAAUGCAAUGAAAAAAAUUACUUCCAGAUUUGGGCGUGCAAUAAGUUUAAAACUGCCGCAAUACUAG